AUGCCUUCCAGGUGCAAGCGGGUUCGUGAGGUGGAAAGUGGUUGGAGCUCUGUGCUGGUGAAAGAGACUGUUCGGACUUUCAAGAUCUGCUGGACUCCAACAUACGAGAACCUGGCCAUGGAGGAGGUCAGAGAGACCCUCUACUGUGACAAGGAGACAUUUAGCAGUAUCUUUCAAAUGCUGACAACUCUGGGACGAGGAACCUUUGCCACAGUUAAACUGGCCUUUCACAUGCCCACUGUCAGCUACGUGGCUGUGAAGAUUCUGGCAAAUGUGAAUGGGGACUGCGCCCGGAACAACAAUGAGGUUGACAUAAUGAGAUCCCUCGUUCAUCCGCAUAUAAUCAGGUUCCUUCAGGAGGUGCAGACACGGGACAUGACGUAUCUCAUAAUGGAUUACGCCUCCAAAGGGGACCUGUUGCGUCAGAUUCGCAAACCGGGAGGCUUACAGGAGUGCGAGGCUCGAAGGCUGUUUGGACAGGUAGUACAGGCAGUGAAGUACUGCCACGACAACUGUAUCGUCCACAGGGACAUUAAGGCAAAUAACAUCUUGAUCGACGCCUCUGGAAAUGCCAAGCUCUGUGAUUUUGGCCUGGCAGUCAGAGUUGUCCCUGGGACAAAACUAAAGACUUUCUGCGGCACUCUGGCCUACUGUGCCCCGGAACUCUUUGGAGUGGAGCCAUACGAUGGCUAUGCCAGCGAUGUUUGGAACUUAGGCGUGCUCCUCUACUACAUGGUGGCCAGGCACCUUCCGUUCCAAGCGAGCUCUCCUAUGGGGUUGAAGCAGCAAAUUUUGGCUGCAAACUUCAGCGUUCCUCAUCAUGUCCCACUUGAUAUUUUCAAUGUAAUUGUGGAAAUCUUCAUGAUCAGCCCCAACAGGAGGCCCACCAUCAGUCAAAUCCUGACGCGCCCCAUGAUCAGGGACAGCCAGGCACGGGCAUCCAUCCAGAGUCUCCCAGGCACCCUGAGCCCUAGCAUUGUCGGCACCAUGGCAGGUGAAGAAAUACUUGAGUGUCUAGAAGACCAAAAAUUUAAUCAGGCGACGGCCACACACCUGAGUCUGCAAUACCAGGCACCCGGGGGAGACAGCUGCCAUCACCGGGUGAAACCCACAAAACCCAUGGAGCCAGGCCUUGUCCUCAACCUGGCCGAUCUUCACACCUUUUCUGGGACUCUCAGGAAAGCUGCUGAGCCUACUUCCCCAACCUUCAUCGUGCCAUCUGAGCCCCAGGAGAAAGAAGAUGGGAAUUCCAGGCAGGGUGGCAGAAGGCAUAGCAUGCCUGCCACCCUGUGCUGCCAGCCAAGGAGGAUCCACCUUGCCCACCUAUCCCACCUGCGCUGUCCUGUGGCUGAUUCCCUCAUGAGCAGCAGCCUGGACAGCAGCAAGAGUUUCUCUCCAUCGAUGAUCAGGUUGUGUGGCAGCCUGACGGCGAGUGCCCAGCCAUCCUGCUCUCUGUACCACCCUCUUGGGGCAGACCACAAUGAGGCAGCAAAUGAUGCAGAGAAAGGCUGGAGCUCACUGGGGACGGCUCUGCGUGUAACCCCCAAAGGCUCCUCCCUUGGAGACACACUGCAGGAAGAAGUGACCACCAGACAGGAAGAGGCCAUCAGCCAUGGUCAGCGCCAGGAUGCCGGGCCAGCUUCCUCCCAAAACCAGAGGCAUCAACGCUGGAAGAGGGUCAAGAAAACCAUUGUCAAUGGCUUCCGACACCUAUGUUGCUGCCUGCCUCCUGCAGAGAGUAACCAUGCCUCCCAUGAGAACCAGGCUCCACAGUCAGGGGAUCCUAGAGGCACCCACAGAACCAGACCUUGUCAACCUGUGACAGCAAGAGACCCAGAGAAGACUGUGCGACUGGUGUGGUGGUCCAUCUCUCCAGCUGUCUUCCUCAUUAGAACCAUCCUGGGUAUCUUCUAUAUUCAAGAAUGUGUCCCAGCAUUCAGCGCAGGUCGUUGUGAUGGCGAAUAUCCCGGCCUCUGGUGCCACUCUAUUCUCCUGCCCCUCCCCCCAAAUUUUAUUGCGAAGUCUCCUGACUCAGAUCCCUCUCAUUUCCCCUUGGAGUCGCUGUCGUUUCCAGAUACAGAAGUGUGGCUUAUCCGAGCCCCUCCCGACUUUGCCACACAGUGGUGA